UCGGGGGGCGGUGGAGGAGCGAGCGCCGCGGGAAGGGGGUCCCCUGGCCCUCCCCGGGGCGGGUCCCCGGAUUUUUCCUGCGCUUUCUCCUCCCCUCGCUGGGCGCUCGCAUUCCUGCCGCUUGACUCAGGCCUGGAGGAGGCGGCGGCGGCGGCGGCGGCGGCGGCGGGCGCUCGCUGCACCAGGAAGCGUGCGGCCCGCAGCAUGUAAGGCGAGCGGAGGCAGCGCGAGACAGGCGGAGGGCGAGGAAGGAGGAGGAGGAGGAGGAAGGAGACGGGCCGGCCAUGGGGGACGGCAGCGAGGAGGAGACGGUGGAGCUGCCCCUCACCAACGCAAACUUAACUGGGCAUGAUGAGGAGAAAGUGGGAAUGGAAAAUUUUGAACUGCUCAAGGUCCUGGGCACUGGAGCCUACGGGAAGGUGUUCCUGGUCCGUAAAGUCACCGGCCACGACGCCAACAAGCUUUAUGCCAUGAAAGUGCUCCGCAAAGCCGCCAUCGUCGCGAAAGCCAAGACCACGGAGCACACACGUACGGAGCGCACCGUCCUGGAACACGUGCGCCAGUCCCCUUUCCUUGUGACGCUGCAUUAUGCCUUCCAGACGGAUUCCAAGCUCCAUCUCAUUCUCGACUAUGUGAGCGGAGGUGAGCUGUUCACUCACUUGUACCAACGGGACCAUUUCUCGGAGGACGAAGUACGGUUUUACAGCAGCGAGAUCAUUCUGGCACUUGAACACUUGCACAAGCUUGGCAUCAUUUAUCGGGAUGUGAAGCUGGAAAACAUCUUGCUGGACAGCGAGGGUCACGUGGUGCUGACAGAUUUCGGCCUGAGCAAGGAAUUUGUGACGGAGGAUAAAGAACGGACUUUCUCAUUUUGCGGCACCAUCGAAUACAUGGCUCCUGAGAUCGUUCGCAGCAAAAGUGGACAUGGCAAGUCUGUGGACUGGUGGAGUUUGGGAAUCCUGGUCUUUGAGCUGCUGACUGGCGCGUCGCCCUUCACCCUCGAAGGGGAAAAGAACUCACAGGCGGAGGUCUCCAGGCGGAUCCUGAAGUGCAGCCCACCCUUUCCAUCGCUCAUUGGCCCCGAGGCGCGCGAUCUGCUCCAGAAGCUCUUGUGCAAAGACCCCAAGAGACGUUUGGGGUCCGGCCCGACGGGAGCCCAGGAGAUCAAAGAGCACCCCUUUUUCAGGGGCCUGGACUGGGUCGAAUUAGCAGCGCGCCAGGUGAAGCCGCCGUUUAAACCUCUCAUUCGCCACGAGCUGGACGUGCGAAACUUUGCGGAGGAAUUCACCAGCUUGGAGCCCAUCUAUUCCCCAGCUGGGACCCCUCCCAGCCUAGACCGUGUCUUCCAGGGAUAUUCCUUCAUUGCCCCGUCGAUCCUCUUCAACCGCAAUGCUGUGACCGCAGACGUACUUGAGGCAGCACUUGAUGGGGAGCGUCCCGGAAGCUCGGCUGUGGCCCGCAGCGCCAUGAUGAAGGAUUCCUCGUUCUUCCAGAAAUACGAGAUGGACUUGGUGGAACCCCCCCUGGGCGAGGGAAGCUUCUCCGUAUGCCGCCGUUGCCGACAUCGGCAAAACGGGACGGAGUUUGCUGUCAAAAUCAUCAGCAAGAGGAUGGAAGUGAACACCCAGCGAGAAGUGGCGGCUUUGCAGAUCUGCGAAGCCCACCCAAACGUCGUCAAGCUUCACGACGUCCAUCACGACCAGUACCACACGUACCUGGUGAUGGAACUGCUGCGGGGCGGGGAGCUUCUGGACCGAAUCAAGAAGAAGCAACACUUCAGCGAGUCGGAAGCCAGCCAGAUCAUGCGCAGCCUGGUGUCCGCCGUCAGCUUCAUGCACGACUCGGGGGUGGUGCACCGAGACCUCAAGCCCGAGAAUAUUCUGUACGCGGAUGAGUCGGAGGGCGCCCCCGUGAAGGUGAUCGACUUCGGCUUUGCCCGCCUCUGCCCUCAGAACUCGCAGCCCAUGCAGACGCCCUGCUUCACCCUGCAGUAUGCGGCGCCCGAGCUCCUGCAGGACGGAGGCUACGAUGAAUCCUGCGACCUCUGGAGCCUGGGGGUGAUCUUGUACACCAUGCUGUCUGGCCAAGUCCCCUUCCACAGUAGCCAGGAAGGCAGCGCAGCUAGCCACGCCGCGGAUAUCAUGCACAAAAUCAAGGAAGGGCAAUUUUCCCUGGAGAGCGAGGCUUGGAAAAACGUUUCCGAAGAGGCAAAAGAGCUGGUUCGAGGUCUUCUCACGGUGGACCCUGCCAAGCGACUGAAAAUGUCCAACUUACGCUACAGCGAGUGGCUCCAGGAUGGAAGCGCCCUCUCUUCCACCCCGCUCAUGACACCAGACAUUCUCGAGAGCUCCGGACCUGCUGUGCGAACGGGUGUCAACGUCACGUUUAUGGCCUUUAACAAGGGGAAGCGUGAAGGGUUUUUCCUGAAGAGCGUGGAAAACGCCCCUCUGGCCAAACGGCGCAAGCUCAAGAUGUCGAGUACCGGUGCUGAGGGCCGCCGCAGCAGCAGCAGCAGCAGCUCCUCGUCCUCCUCCGGGUCCUCCUCCCGCCCCCCCAAAGCCAAGGUCCCCGCCAUUCGCCACGAUCCUCCCUCGUAGCAGCCCGGGGAAGGGGCUGAGCACUGAAAAGCUGGAUGGGAAAUGGGUAUUUAUUGUCUAUGUUGCUGUUCGGGGAGGGGGAACACGGCUUCCACUCCCCCCCCAUUUCCACCCCCCCCCCAUGAUGUGGUAUCUUCAUUUAGGAUGGGGCACAUUUUGCAGUUAAACGUGACCGUUCUCUGUCGGAAGGGGAAGGAGGACACGGUGGGGCCGGGCAGAGACGGCGCUGGUCCGAGGGCCCUUGGAGGGUCUGGCAACAACUCGUUUCCCGCUGCUGGAAGCGCCCCCUUAUUUCAGCGCCAAAUCCGCAUCUGGUUCCACAACCAGCCAUCCCAUUGCGAGGACGUAGUGGGGAUGUUCCCGCUAGUUUGAGGUUUUCGGAGACUGAUCAGCCUAGGGAAACGUGGGGAGCGUUGCAGUUUUGUUCCCUAACCUCCCCCCCGGUCAGUCCCCCACUUUUCUGCACGUGAGAGGGCUGGUCCCUUUUCCCGAGCCCUUGACUGGCAGGUAGAGGCGGGAAGAGCACAGAUGAGUAACAGGCUGCAAAUUUCCCAACAACCAGCAGAGGGCAGAAGCUCUUUUUGUCCUCUGCAGGUGGUUAGCUGCGUUUUUGAUUUAUAAUUAAAAUUGAAUUAUAAUUCAAAAAUCGAAUUAUAUUUGCCUAGCUAGUAAUUGCUGGGUGGGAAAGGGGUUGUUUUUAUUAAUGAUUGAUGGCAUAUUUUUUUUGGUGUAAGCAGUGGUAGGAAUGGAGUUGCUCAUUCUGAGGCCAAAACUGCACACUGGGGGAGAAGGGAGAAUAUUUUCUCCAAUGGAAUUCCCUUUUAUUUUAUUUUUUAUCCCCACACUCCUGUGUCUGAUACAGAACUUUAAUAGGCAGAGCUUAGCGUCAAGAUACGUUCAGGUUCGGACGUUACGCUAAGCCGUUUCGACCAUGGUUUAGGGUUAGUUUGCAUGUCGCACUAAGGCAAACCCAACCAGAUCACAUGAUAGGUUGGUGCAAUCAAGGGCGCAGCAUCGAGCUGGUUGACUCCUGAACCUCAAACUGUUGUUUAAAAACACAGGAGCAAAAACACUUUUUUUUUUAAUGGGCAAAACCCUAAAUCCCAUUCUGAGAAGGAUGGUAGGGUUAAGGGAUAGAUAGAUAUAA